AUGGCCUCAAGCAAGCGCAAAAGCUACAACGACCCGUCGAUCCCGCCCGAGGUCCGCGAGCGCCGGCAAGUCUACGACCGCGAGGCCAAGCGCUGUGCGCGGCAGACGUACUUGACGGAAAUCGACGCGCUCAACACGACGAUCGUCGGGCUCACGCAAAAGCUCCACGCGCUCCGAGGCAGCAGCGCGCUGCCGUGGAAGGAGGUGGCUGAGGCCAUGGCGGCCAAUAGCGCGUCCAGCGCCUCGACCAACUCGCGGCUCCGGGGCCAGAUGGAGGAGCAACAGCAGAUCGCGCGCACGCUCUACGAGUGGGCCAAGCAGCACCUGCCGACCGAGAACGACGAGAUGCAAGACCUCGAGGCCAUGUGGCACGAGGUCGCGAGCCUCGCCGACAGCACCACGACCGGCCACGUGUGCCGCGAAAUCGGGUUUUCCGAGCUCCAGACGUUCUUCGACGGCUACGACAGUCAAGGCACAGAGCGCAUCUCGAGCCCACACUCGGAUGGCGGCUAG